AUGCCAAGGAAAUUAUACCGAGGAAUAUUCAUUCCAUACUCUGGUAACCCAGAAGUAGUAAAAUUAAAUAUUGAAUCUGGUGGUAUUCGACGGAAAUUAAAUUGUGAACUUACUGACAAUGCGACUCUUCGGGCAAAGGGUUACAAACUUUGUCUAUUUUGUGAUGAUGUCGGUAUCAUGAAAGGUUUACCCGUGAACCCUUUGGCUACUCGUUUAGCAUGUAGUCUUUUCGGAAACACUACAUAUCAUUUGCCAGUAGUAGGAAAUACUCUCCUAUUGGAUGAUGAAAAAAACUUAACCGUUGAAGACCUUAAUUCACUACUAAAAGCGCCUACGGAUAUACCUCAUACAAAAGAAAUUGCAAAUUGUUUAAUGGCAGAUCUCCUUCAAGUAAAAGUUCUAUACGAGUUCUCUUUCGAAAAAGAAUUCCGAGUAAUUCACAUUGUAUGCCGUGAAGUAUCUGGAAAAGAAAAUAUGUCACAACUAAAGCCGGCUUUUCAACGCAUAUGUUAUCUUGGAAAAGAUAUGGAAUCACUUUCUAUUGAUAAUGAUUAUUGGAAUUAUAUAGUAGUUCCGGUUAAAAAUAUUGAUCGUAUUAAAACGACAAAAUUAAGAAAGUCUUUAAGACCCUUUCGAGUCCUUAUUGAUGGAAAAGAGUCG